UCUUGAUUAGAAUCCACCUGGGGAACUUGCGCUUGCGGGAGCCAGGCGCUUCUCCUUCGAGGCUGAAACUGUGCCAUUGUUUUGAACGUACUGAGAAAAAGUCACUGGUGUUUGAUGAGAAAACAAGUUUCGUUUACAGCUAUAUACAUGUUUUUCGCAAUUUUUAUUCUGAUACAUUAAAAUGACAUAAAAGGCUUGAAUAUGUACGCAUUCUUACCAAACAUGACGGUAUAGUCUGUUAAACAAACCUAUAGAAAAACACAGACGUAUGACUGAAAAUCAAACUUCUCGUUAGAAUAUCUUCAGCUUGUGGUGACGAUCGAAGCACAUCAUUGGUGAAUACAGUUUUCAUUGCUCCUUUGUUAUCACAGUACGCGGGGCUCUUCUUUCAAGCAGUACUUCUGAACCAGAUAGCGCGACAUUAUGAGGAACACAGUGAAGGACUUGGCGUGAUUUUAGGGACGGGUUGAAUUCAAUCCAGAUAGUGCGUUUAGAACAACUACAGACUUCGAGUGUAUGGAAAUAUAUGGAAAAGUAUAUGAUUUGACUGAUGAUUAGCAUUAUUGAAGACAAGAACUCUUUUUACAACUGAAAGCUAAUUAUAUUUAAAGACUUUCAUCCUCCCUGUAAAGAAACAUUAUCUGAAAAUACUAGAAACGCCGUCUACACAGUAUGGCGAAGAGAGAAUCGGGCGACUAUGUCCAUCACCUACCUAACACAGCCAGGCCAACCGUCCUCCGGCAGUUCACCUGGAUCGAAGCGGUAUGGAUGACGAUAAUGAGCGUGAGUUACCUACUCGGCUGGUGCAUUGGCGUCAGCAUUCUGGUGGAAAAAUUUAAUGCAGAAGAACCUCCGGAUGACAAGGGCAUGUACGUCUUCUACUUCUUGUUGCCACUCGUUGCAGCUGGACUCAAGAACCUGCAGUACCACUAUCGAGAAACCCAAAACGACGAAGAAGAAGGUGGGCCGAUGGGAUGGCUGAUGGUGACCCUCUUCUUCCCGUUCUCACCUCUUUACAGGAUUUUCAGGUCGUGGAAAUUCGGCUUUGCAGAGAAGGACGACUGGGAGAAUGGCGUUCGAUUCGUAGACGAAAUGGUGACCGUCGGAGUCCUCAGGCUCUUCGACGUCUUCCUGGGCGACCUUCCGAUGCUGACGCUUCUGGUCAGAGACGACGUUUUGGCCCGUGCCGAGGAUUGGUCGGAUAUGUUUGCGCCCAAGUCCCACCAGGUACCCUGCCGUGGCCAGUGCGAAUAUGAAGCUCCUCCCAUUGAAACCUGGACGAUCAUCCGAAUGCUCAUCCUCCUGUCCAAGAUGGCGCAGGGUGUCACCUUGUACAUCGUUAUGGUGAAACGGCUCCAAAGAAUCCAACAUCCUGAGCGUUACAGUCACCUUCGUAGUAAGACUUACAGACAAGGGCGUCUCAAUGUCCUCGCCACACUUCUGCUCUACUUCGCUCAUUUCUUCUUCAUUGCCUCCAGGAUACUGGGUUACAGUAUGAUCCUUCGCGCUCUCCAUUACUGGGUCUAUCUGAUAGCUGGUGUCCGCUGGCUGAUACACACGACGUGGCAUCUCUUUGCUUUGCUUGCCACGCGAACGAUGACACCUGCCAGAUCCAUUUCAUCGUUCACAAUGGGAGGAGUCUGGCUCAUCGCGCUGACCAAUGAAGACGGCGGAAAGCAGCUUGGGAGAUACAUUCUGUAUUACGGCUUCGCCACAGUGGAGACCCUCAUUUGCAUCUUCAUGUGGAAUGGCCAGAUGAAGGACUCAGGAGAUUACUUCUCCUUCAGGGCCACUUGGGCGACGGCGAUCGCCCUGGGGACAGGCGCUCUGCUCCACGCUUCCUACUAUGCUCUCCUUCACCCUGGUACUCCCUCCCUCAGCAUAGAGGGACUUCGAUGUUGCCAGGAGAGCAGCCACCGAGACUUUGAUGAGAGUGACAUCGAAGACAGAAAGGAGAAUAGUCCCGAAUAACGACAUCGUCAGACUGCAUCUCUAACGGAUUGGUGAAACAAGUUCUUGUUCAGACAACUUUCGUCGAAGGACUGUGUCGUCUUGUCAGAAGUUCUGGUGAACUGGGGUAGCUGGAUGUGGCAGUGACUGGAUACACGAAACAUACUCAUUAUCAGUGGGGAACCGGUUACUAUAUAGUAUAAACUCAAAAAUAAUGCUGUUACUAAAAUAUUCCUCCCUUGCAGAUUUACAUGCAUACAUCUGUUAUGUGGAUUGCGACUAAUCUGAAUACUUGAUCUAAUCGCCAGAGGUUGAUAGCAAUGCGGUUUAGUCAAGGUUUUCAGUAAGGAAGCCUCUUUUGCAGUUAUUGGAACUAUAGAUGUAUAUGUUCCUCGUAUAUAAUUACUUUAUCCCUACGUGUCCAAAGUAAUUUGCUUAGAUGCUAUUCUUAUCUUUGUUUGUUUCUUCUGGCAUUACGUUUUAUUGAUUUUUUUUAUUGUUAGUAGUUUUCUAAACAAAUAUCUGCUACAGUUUAGGGAGCCUUAACUUUCAGCGAGGUAACUGUAAAGAAUAUAAUUCUUUUGCAAAAAUAAACAUUGCUCUGAACUAGGUAAACGUUACAGUGAAUGGCUUGAUGUGAAAAUGGAUCUCAGUCAAGGAUGUGGUCUACUACGAUUGUAUAUUAAUAAUAAUAAUA